UCCCUGCCAAUUCAGCUCCGGAUGCGCCUUGGCCAGCGCUCGGCAGGCACGUCUAAGCCGGGUUCUGCUCUCCUGCAGCUCCCCCUCUUUCCUCCUUCAGCCGAUCGAGGCUUAGCUCGCUGCACCGUUUCAACAAGAUGGCGGGAUCGGUGGCAGAGAGGGACGCGGUGGUAAGUGGCCCUUUCCUCAAAUCCUUCGCGGGUCCCGGGCGGCAAGGUGAGAGGUCCCGGCCGUUUCAGAAAAUAGAGGACAGACUUUUAAACAACUCCUUGGGAUCCCCAGUUCAAGCCGAAGUGUAUUUUCCACGACUGAUUGUCCCUUUCUGUGGGCACAUCAAAGGAGGAAUGAGGCCAGGCAAGAAAGUCGUGGUAAUGGGCAUCGUGGAUCUCAACCCAGAGAGUUUUGACAUCAGUCUUACAUGUGGAGAUUCAGAAGACCCUCCUGCGGAUAUAGCAAUCGAACUGAAAGCCAUAUUUUCAGAUAAACAGUUCCUCAGGAAUUCCUGCCUAUCUGGAGAAUGGGGAGAAGAACAGUCAUCUCUUCCAUAUUUCCCAUUUAUCCCUGACCAGCCCUUCAGGGUUGAAAUAUUAUGUGAACACCCUCGUUUUAGAAUAUUCGUGGAUGGACACCAGCUUUUUGAUUUUUACCAUCGCAUUGAGAAGUUAUCAGCUAUUGAUACAAUAAAGAUAAAUGGAGACCUCCAGAUUACUAAACUUGGUUGACCUAGGUUUUUCAAAUUAUCAUUAAAAAAGAAAAAAAAAGAUAACCAAAAUUUUAGAUUCCAAAUUGGCUCGGGUUCUGUUAGACUCUGUCUGAAGAAGCAAUGAGAAUUUCGUUUGGGACACCCAGCUACCAGACAGGGAUCAUUAUUGUCUUCUCAGCAGCAAAAAGACAUGUUGAUGAAUUGAACUAUUGUUUAUUUGAAUGAAGAAAGCACUUAAUGUUAAAUAGAUACUGAGCCGUCCUUCUUUUAUGGAACUAAAAAGCCUAUCCCUGCUGGAUAAUCACAUUAUAAUGGAUCUUGAAAGAGUUACUUCAUUGUCUAAACUGUAUAAGCUAUUUAUCUUCCCAAUAAGAGGGCAGGUUUGGAAAUCAACUGCUAAAUCUAUUACAACGGUGACUUUUCUUUUUGCAAAUCAUCAUCAUCAUCUUCAUCAUCAUAAAAAAGUUAUCCCGCACUUAAGGGGAUUAAUGUAAGUGUGACACCAAUCACAAAAAUCAGGCCAAAUAUGGAAGUCAUUAUUCAAUGCCUAUAGUUGAUUUUAUUCAAACAAGUAGCAAAGGUCCCAUAGAUGUUAAUGGUGCAGUGUUAGCUGGACAGUGGCAGUGGUCUAUCACAUGCUUACCUCCUUCACCCCACAGAAUCAAGGGAAGAUAAUAUACCUAAUUACAAGAUUGUGGCCACUUGAAUUGCCAAGGAAAACGUAGAAACUGAGUAAUGGCUUCUGAAUUUAGCCUGCAUAUUUUAGUCAGGGUAUGUGUAUAGAAUGUAGGUCAUUACAUGUUUUGCACAAUGUAAUAUUAAUACAAUCUUCUAAGAGCUUUCCUCUAGUUUAUUUAUUGGUGCUCAUUGUGUUAAUGUAUUAACAGAAAAGUCGAACAAUAUUGAAGCUUUAGAGAGGCAAAGUAUAAGCAUUCUCAAAAUACAAUGUUGUAGUAACAUAUCAUUUUGGAAAUACCUGCUGUUUAUCUUAAGGUGGUCGGGGAUAUUUUUGUGGUGCCCUCACAAUGUCACAAAAGAUUAUUGUCAUGUUUUCACCAGAAAUUGCUUUCAGUAUGUUGUAAUUUUGCAGUGAAUGAUAUUCAGAAUUCACUCCUUCCCUCAGUGAAUAAGGAUUUCUAAUUUAAUUGGGAUAUGCAUAGUCUGCAGUCCUAUUAUACUCAUUAUCCAAGAGUAAGCCCCCUUCUGGGCAAUGAAAUUGAUUUCUAAGUAAACAUAAGAUAGCACUGUUUGAGUUUGAAAAUACCAUGCAUUUUUGCAAACCAAUGCCCUUGGUGGCUGCUGUCCUGGUUGAAGGAGGGGAUGAAAUUCUCAGCUCAUCUAAGGACAAAAAUUUAACCCUUAUAAAUGGCCCAAUUUAUAAUUUAAUCUAAUUUUCCUAGUAUAGGAAUAUUGGAUGUUGACAAAUAGUACUUUUUAUUGAAGAGCAUAACUGUGUUAUCACUAAUUAUAUUACAGAAUGAAUGAAUGAAUGCAGUGAUCUUUUUCCCCUUGGAUCUUAAGUAAUCAGUGCAAUUUACACACGUGGGACCAUAUUCACAGUGAACUACAAAGGGUUGGUUUGAAUGUUA